GCCAACAACAACACACAACAACAGACAACAAACAAGCACAACGAUGACGGUGCUUGUGCAGCGGCUGAUUGGACACUUGACGCCACUGCUGACCCGCUGUGUCGGGGAUGGCGAUGGGGACGGGCAAGACACCUCGCACCCAUCCGGUGCCCCCCGGCCGGCCUCGUCAUUUGCAUCAGCACGCCCCACCACCAAUCACAGCACCAACGCCAACAACAACAACAGUGACAAUGGCGGCGACAACAAGAACAGCAGCAAGAGCAGCAAGAGCAACAAGGACGUGGUGGAUGCCGUUGCACGGGCGUUGAUCGUGGGUGGCAUCAAAGGAUUUGGCCGGGAGGCCCCGCACUCGUGCUUGGGCGUGUACAAGGCGUUCUUGCCAUGGUUGUGCGAGGAGCACGGCGACUGCAUCCUUCUCGCGCAGCUGCGCGCCGACGACGUGGAUCCAGCCACGCUGCUGGCAAUCAGAAAUGCGGGCGAGCGCGUGUGCCUCUGGCAGCGUGCACACAUGCAGACGGAGACCGCCCUGCUUGCCACAUACUUUUCCACGACCCUGACAUACUUCAAUGACUACUAUCACGAGAUGGAGCGCAAGCAGGUCAUGAAGCAGUUGGGCAGCGACCAGCUCCUGCGCGGCACGGGCAAGCGAUCACGCCCGUCGAAGCGAAGCACCACGGCGUCGCCUGCAACGCCAACGCCGCCACGCAGCAGUCCAACAGCUGAGGACCCUGCACACGCCAGCUCCACGACCGCGACAUCAGCGAAUAGCAAGAACCCGCCACAAGCGAGCACGGCCGCCGAUUCGCGGCAGCGGGAGAAGAGCAGUCUCGCUGAAAAACAGCAGCCAACAAUAGCGGCAACAGCAAAGCAGAAGUCGUCACAGCAACGAGGCGGCGCCAAAGCCAAUGACAGUGUCACCGCGCCAGACCAACCAGAUGCAGAUGAAACAGCUUCAAGGCCCUUGGAUGAUCACAAGUCCCAACAACCAGUGACCAGUGACAGCAGUGGUGUUGAGAUCCACACGGGAGCGCACGAUGCGCCAGCCACGUCGCAGUCGCAUGGAAGCGGCGCAAACAAGCGGCGCGCAAUGCCGCGUCUUGGCCAGUUGCAGCUGUCACGCGCACCGAGUGCCCGCCAUCGCCGUGGUCAGCCCGGCAACGGCCGCCACAGUGGCGACGGAAGCAAGUCCGGUGGAGCAAGCGGUGUCACCGCGGUGUGCCACACCCAUGGUGACGGCACGCCGUUGGGCUCGCAAUCACAUGCCCAUGCAGGCAAUGCAUACGCGUUUCUCGAUGGGUGGACGGUGCUGGCACACGGGCGCGCGCGCGGUGCGGCGGAGCAGCUGAGGCAACAGCUCGGGGUGGCAACGGCGGUGGUAUUGGAUGCGGAUGUGCAGUCCUAUCUGCAGGGUGGAACGGGGCUGGCGAGUGGCCACGACGCGCGUGGUCGAAGGGAGAGCGGGAAGGAGCAUCCACGGGGUGGACGCAAACUGCUGCCACCGUCAUCGCGACUGCAGCAGGCAUCCACGCCACAUGCACACGCUUCAGUUAGCAGCGGCGGUGGCAUGAACGUUGGACAACAACAACCACAACCACCUGUUGCAGGCGCAGGGAAGGCAACACCAGCAACAGCAACAGCAACAGCAACAGCAACAGCAACGACGAAGACGACGCUGCUUGGUGUGCCUGGUGUUGAGAUGGGUGAUCCGAACGAGCAUGCGUGGUGGGAGCGCAAGUACAAUGCCGCCGUGCAGGGGCGCAUGCGCAGCGCACGCAAUCGAACAGCGGCAGCGAGUGGUGGCAGGAAGGGUGGCACGAGUCGUGAUGGCGGUGGCGGUGAUGGUGGUGAUGUUGACGACCGUGAUGUUGACGAUGACGUGUUGGAACUGUUGAGUGAUGACGACAGCAGCGGGUCUGAGUUGGACGAGCAGCUGAUCGACGUGCCCGUGGGGGGCAGGCGUGCACGCAAGGAUGAUGAUGAUGAUGAUGACGACGACGACGAUGAUGAUGACGAGGAAGAGGAUGAGGAUGAGGAUGAAGAGGAAGAGGAGGGUGAUGAUAGUGAUGAUGUAUUCUCUGACAAGGAAGACAGGGAUGCAAGUGUCAAGUGA